GGGCGUGAGGGAGUCUGUAUAAGCUUCUGUGCACGUCACACCGUGCCGGCCCCGCCCCUGCGCGAGCACUCUCCAGGCGCUGGGCUGGUAAAACUGCCGAGGUGUGGACACUGAGCAGGUUCUCGGCGGACACAACAUCUUUGUUGGCAUCCCUAAUAUCCCCUCUUAAGGGACUUCAUGGUUUAAUCCUGGAAUCUUCCUCCUGCAGUUCUACCACAAUGCUGCUGCUGCACAGAGCUGUGGUCUCAGCACUUCGACAGGCCUGCAGAUUCAGGCCACCUCCCUCAAGGCUCUGCAUCCAGGCCUGCUCUACAAAUGAAUCGUUUCAGCCCCAGCGCCCCAGCCUGAACUUCUCUGGUUAUAAUUCCAGCACUAGGGGAUGGAGAAUCAUGGGGGCCCUGCUAGGCUUUGGCACAGCAUUGGCCUAUCAUGAUCAUCGGUGUAGGGCUUCUCAGGAGUCACCACCCAUGUACACUAAGGAGGAAGUGUAUUCCCACAGAAGCCCUGAGACUGGGAUCUGGGUAACUCUGGGCUGUGAGGUCUUUGAUGUCACAGAAUUUGUGGAACUACAUCCAGGGGGACCGUCUAAGUUGAUGCUAGCAGCUGGGGGUCCCCUAGAACCCUUCUGGGCCCUCUAUGCUAUUCACAACCAGCCCCAUGUGUAUGAGUUACUGGCUCAGUACAAGAUUGGGGAGCUGAAACCUGAAGACAGUGCACCACCCACCUUGGAAACAUCUGACCCUUAUGCUCAUGAUCCUAUGCGACAUCCAGCCCUAAAGGUCAACAGCCAACGUCCCUUUAAUGCGGAGCCUCCUCCUGAGCUGCUGACAGAAAACUACAUCACACCUAACCCUAUCUUCUUCACCCGGAAUCAUCUGCCUGUACCUAAUCUGGACCCAGACACCUAUCGUUUGCAUAUAGUAGGGCCACCUGGAGGUCAGUCACUGUCUCUAUCCUUGUGUGACUUGUACAUGUUUCCCAAACAUGAGGUCACAGUCACUUUGCAGUGUGCUGGCAACCGGCGCUCUGAAAUGACUCAAGUCAAAGAAGUAAGAGGUCUAGAGUGGAGAACAGGGGCCAUCAGCACUGCACGAUGGGCUGGGGCACGGCUCUGUGAUGUAUUAGCCCAGGCUGGUCACCAACUUUCUGAAAAAGAGGCCCAUGUCUGCUUUGAGGGACUGGAUUCAGACCCCACUGGGACUGCCUAUGGAGCCUCUAUCCCUUUGGCUCGGGCCAUGGAUCCUGAAGCUGAGGUAUUGCUGGCAUAUGAGAUGAAUGGGCAGCCUUUACCUCGUGACCAUGGCUUUCCUGUGCGGGUGGUGGUUCCUGGUGUGGUAGGUGCCCGCCAUGUCAAAUGGCUGGGCAGAGUGAGUGUGGAGCCAGAGGAAAGUUACAGCCACUGGCAACGGCGGGAUUAUAAAGGCUUCUCUCCAUCUGUGGACUGGGAUACUGUAGAUUUUGACUCAGCUCCAUCUAUUCAAGAACUCCCUAUCCAGUCAGCCAUCACAGAGCCUCGGGAUGGAGAGACUAUAGAGUCAGGGGAGGUAAUUGUCAAGGGCUAUGCAUGGAGUGGUGGUGGCAGGGCUGUGAUCCGGGUGGAUGUGUCCCUGGAUGGGGGGCUAACCUGGCAUGCAGCUGACCUGGAUGGAGAAAAGCAACCACCCAGGAAGGCCUGGGCCUGGCGUCUAUGGCAGCUGCAAGCCUCUGUGCCAGCUGGACAAAAAGAAUUGAACAUUGUUUGUAAGGCUGUGGAUGACAGUUACAAUGUGCAGCCAGACACAGUAGCCCCAAUCUGGAACCUUCGAGGUGUACUCAGCAAUGCCUGGCACCGUGUCCAUGUCCAUGUCACAUCAUGAGAGCAUGGAAUGGAGUCAACUAUCCUAUAGAAAACACCUUGACCCCUUUCCCCACCCAUCCUUUGGUCUUCUGCCACAGAAAAACCUUUUCCUCUUCACUUCUUGGAUCAAAAACUUGUACUGUGCCUUCCUAAGUCAUAUCCAGGUGUACAUGCAUUGCACAUUCCCACCCAGGCAUCCUCUCUCCUUUGACAGUAUGUUACAUACCCCUCCUGGCCUCUAACCCUGUGCCAGAAGAUAAGAGCUGUUGGAGAAAGGGUCUAGAGGCAAGAAAAAUAAUUCUGGAGCCAAGCACCAUUUUCUCAUUCUAUGCCACCUCCACUUCUAAAUGCUUGUUGCUGUCCAGGCUGUAUUUUGUUUUUCUUGGACUCUUCAGAGAAUGUGUAUGGU